UCCGCCAAGAAAAGAGCGAGCGCGGCCCCCUCCCCCUCCACCGAGCCCGGGCGGCGGCGGCGGCACAUCUAACGCGCGGGCACCCGGGCCGCCGCGGCCCCCGCAAACUACGCCCAGCUCUGCCCCGCUGCUUAUUGGCGCGGGCCAGAGCCAGCGCACCCAGAGCCUAAGCUGCGCUCGGCCGGCUGCACGCCGAGCCCGAGCUGCCGAGGCCGACGGCGCCGGAACCCAGAGCCUCGACGCCGAGAGCCCACGCCGCCUCGGCCAGGCCCGGCGCGCGGGAGCACGGACAAGCGAGCAGACGCGGCCGGCGCCCCGCGGUCCAGGCGCCCUGGGCCCGGUGCCCCGCACCACCGCUGCCUCAGGGCCGCCCGCUUCUCUGCAGGUGGCCGCGGGCCCGAGUGGCGUGGCCAUGGGCCGAAGGGUGUGCGUGCUGCUGCUACUGGGCCUGCUGCACUGGGCCGGGGGCGGCGAGGGCAGGAAGACCUGGCGGCGCCGCGGCCAGCAGCCGCCUCUGCCGCCGCCCCCGCCGCCUCCCCCGCAGCGAGCCGAGGCGGCCGCCGGACAACCAGUAGAGAGCUUCCCGCUGGACUUCACGGCCGUGGAGGGCAACAUGGACAGCUUCAUGGCUCAGGUCAAGAGCCUGGCCCAGUCCCUGUAUCCCUGCUCGGCGCAACAGCUUAACGAGGACCUACGCCUGCAUCUCCUGCUUAACACAUCGGUGACCUGCAACGACGGCAGCCCAGCCGGUUACUACCUAAAGGAGUCCAAGGGCAGCCGGCGGUGGCUACUCUUUCUGGAAGGCGGCUGGUACUGCUUUAACCGGGAGAACUGCGACACCAGAUAUGACACCAUGCGGCGCCUUAUGAGCUCUAAAGACUGGCCGCACACGAGGACAGGCACUGGCAUCCUGUCCUCUCAGCCCGAGGAGAAUCCCCACUGGUGGAACGCCAACAUGGUCUUCAUCCCCUACUGCUCCAGUGACGUUUGGAGUGGGGCGUCUUCCAAGUCUGAGAAGAGUGAGUCUCUGGCUUCCAGGCCCCUUCCCGUGACCAGGCAGCAUGACGAGUAUGCCUUCAUGGGUGCCCUCAUCAUCCAGGAGGUGGUGCGGGAGCUCCUGGGCAAAGGGCUGAGCGGGGCCAAGGUGCUGCUGCUGGCCGGGAGCAGUGCUGGGGGCACUGGAGUGCUGUUGAACGUGGACCGUGUAGCUGAACAGCUGGAGGACCUGGGUUACCCGGCCAUUCAAGUGCGGGGCCUGGCUGACUCAGGCUGGUUCCUGGACAACAAGCAGUACCGCCGCACAGACUGCAUCGACACCGUCACCUGUGCGCCCACAGAGGCCAUCCGACGCGGGAUCAGGUACUGGAACGGGAUGGUUCCGGAGCGCUGUCGGCGCCAGUUCAAGGAGGGCGAGGAGUGGAACUGCUUCUUUGGCUACAAAGUGUACCCAACUCUGCGCUGCCCAGUGUUCGUGGUUCAGUGGCUGUUUGACGAGGCCCAGCUGACUGUGGACAACGUGCACCUCACGGGGCAGCCAGUCCAGGAGGGACAGUGGCUGUACAUCCAGAACCUGGGCCGCGAGCUGCGCAGCACGCUCAAGGAUGUGCCGGCCAGCUUUGCUCCUGCCUGCCUCUCUCAUGAGAUCAUCAUCCGCAGCCACUGGACAGAUGUCCAGGUGAAGGGAACCUCACUGCCUCGGGCACUGCACUGCUGGGACCGCAGCCUCCACGACAGCCACAAGGCCAGCAAAGCCUCCCUGAAGGGAUGCCCUGUCCACCUGGUGGACAGCUGCCCCUGGCCCCACUGCAACCCCUCGUGCCCCACCAUCCGGGACCAGUUCACGGGGCAGGAGAUGAACGUGGCCCAGUUCCUCAUGCACAUGGGCUUCGACGUGCAGACUGUGGCCCAGCAGCAGGGACUGGAGCCCAGCAAGCUGCUGGGAAUGCUGAGCAGUGGGAGCUAGGGGACUGCCUCCUGGUGGCCAGCAGGCCCUCCUGCCUCUCCCAGGACCAGCGGGGUCCAGCUCCCCCACCUGGGUGUGGAUGCCCUGUACCCAGCUCCUCUCCCACUGCCCUCAGGAAUCCCAUCCAGAGGGCAGCCUGGAGACCCUUCCCAAGCCCACUCACCUCCUCCCAGCCCCCAGCCCCCAGCCCGUGGUGCGGAGGGGGAGCCAGAAGGGACGCAUUGGGUUCUUCAGCCCAGCCACCCAUGUCCUGCCAUGCCCCCAGCUGAUCAUGUCCUUUUGUAUUAUUUUAUAAAAUGACUUUUUUAUUACUUUAAUAUUUUAAAAAAGAAAAAUAAGAAAUAUAUGAUGAACCAUCAUUGUUUUGUAACUUUUUAAAAAAAUAAUGAAAAAAGACAACGAAAGCAGCUCACACUGCGACCUGUUUAUUUAAGGGACGGUUCUACUCAACUCGCACCUCCCCCAGGGCAGCAGGAGGCUGGGGAGGCUGGAAACACUAUAUGCUCAGUGGCG